CAGAAGGCGACAAAUGUUUGAUUACAUUACUUCUUCCUAUAUUUACAUGCGUCCUUGAGACUCUGUGCACUUUAGAAUAUGAGUGAUUAACACUUUUACUAGCUUAAACACAAUUACAGAUUAUAAAGUAUAUGCAGUGAUGAAUCGUCUUUGAAGCUGAAUACAUAUAUUGAUUGAAUAGAGAUGAGUGCUCCUAAUGCCAGUGAACGAAGAGCUUGCUGGGGAGCGAGAGAUGAGCUCUGGAAGUGUUUAGAUGUCAAUAAAGACAGCACAUCUGCCUGUGAAAAAUACCAGCUAGAUUUUGAAGACAAGUGUCCUGCUCAGUGGGUGAAGUAUUUCAUCAAACGAAGAGACUUUUUGAAGUACAAGGAGAAAAUACAAAACGAGGGAUAUGAACCCACAGAGGGAGCACCAAAAUGAUAGCUGAAACUAAUAAACUAUCUGUGCAUCGAAGUGAGUGAUAACACUGAACAAUUGAUGUGUGCUCCAGACUCAAAGACCGACGGUGCCAGUGGGGCCACUAUGCAUACUGCAGGAGUACUGUAAUUUUAUUUUAUUUUUUUAUGACUCUUAAGUAAUACAACAACUAUAAACAAAAUGUUUAUGAUUGAUGUCUACCGUAUGGAGCUUCAUUGUAAUAUUUGAGAUGCAGAAUAAAUACUUGAA